AGUUAGGGCUUUGGAGUUGACGUCACGCCGCAAUGCAUUGUGGGAGCGCAGUGCCAUUUUCGGGGUCUACGAAUAAAAAGAGACACUGUGCUGGAACGAAGACGACAAGAAUCAUGCUUAAAAGCAGCUCCAAAGAAAACGGACGGUAUAGAGACCGAUUGCGUCCAGAGGCGAAGCAGCGGUACUUGAAAAAAAUAGAGUGCAUCGCAAAUCUGGACCCAUAUGAAAUACGGCAGUGGAGUAAAGACCCAGACGACUUACCGCCACUGUCCUACCCAGAUAUCUUCAUCUAUCUUGUUUGUGGAGUAAGCGCCUACACAGCGAACCAGUUUCGUAAUUACAAGUCACUGGAGGCGCACAUACAAUUUACAAACGGCCGGGUGCAAGAUUUGGCUAUUUUCAAGCCGCCAAACUGCGAGUACGUCGUGAUUCAUACCAAGGUACUGCACUCCCAAAGAUUAAAUGAACCUGCAUUACGGCCAUGGGUAAUUGUAAGCACCACGGGGAAGGUCGAAGCCGCACACUGCACCUGUAUGGCCGGAGUUGCAGAGACCUGCACCCACUGCACUGCACUGCUGUUUAAAGUGGAGGCAACAGUGAGGAUCCGUGGCACAAAGACUGUCACAGAUGAAUCAGCCUACUGGGUUUUGCCGGGGAACACAACCAAGAUACUGCCAGCGGCUGGCCAUAACAUUGACUAUACAUCUUCAGCAGCACAAAAAAAAGACUCUUGAUGAAAAUAUAAACGGACCGU